AUGGCGGCAAGAAGGGUGUGUAGUGCGGUCCUGGCCAUUGGCCUGCUGCUGGCCGCCGCCGUCGCCGCAGUGCCGCCUCAUCUUCAGCUGGUGACUGACACUGACGGUGGUUUGUCGCUGGACUUCCACGCGGCGUCGUGCCCGCAGCUGGAGGGCAUCGUGCGCGCCGCCGUGCAGGCCGAGCGAGGCCAGGACGUCCAAGUCACGGCCGGCCUCCUCCGCAUCUUCUUCCAUGACUGCCUCCCCCAGGGGUGCGACGCUUCCAUCCUUCUGGACGGCGAGAAGUCCUUUGGUCCCAACGCUUCGCUACAGCCACGGGCGCUGCAGCUCAUCGAGAGCAUCCGCGCCAAGGUGCACGCCGUGUGCGGCGCCACCGUCUCCUGCGCCGACAUCAUCGCGCUCGCCACCCGCGACGCCGUCAGCCUGGCCGGAGGUCCGUCCAUCGCGAUGCCCCAGGGCCGCACCGACAGCCUCAGGCCGGCCACGAACGCCGAGGUAAACACCCUCCCGUCGCCCUUCUCCGACGUGAGCACGCUCCUCGGCACCUUCAGCCGCAGGGGGCUCGCCGACCCCGCCGACCUCGUCGCGCUCUCCGGCGGCCACACCGUGGGGAAGGCCAGCUGCAGCUUCAUCAGAGGGAACGACGACUUCUCCCGGAGGCUCGCCGCCAACUGCUCCGCCGGCCGCACCGGGAAGCAGAGCCUGGACAUAGAGUAG